GGGGACGCGCCCCCUCGCCCGCGCGCGCGCGCUCGCAGCCACCGCCACCCACCGGCUCCGGCACCAGCAGCAGCGCCGCCGCCGCUGCACACCGUCUGCACACCGCCAGCGCCGCCGCCUUCCCUCGGCUGCCCGCUGCAGUCCUCGCCGUCUGCCGACUACCAGGUGAGCCCUGACCCAGGAUGGCUGAGCCCCGCCAGGAGUUCGAGGCGACGGAAGACCACGCUGGAGGCUACGCUGUGCUCCAGGACCAGGAGGGUGACACGGACACCGGCCUGAAAGAGUCUCCCCUGCAGACCCCGGCCGAUGACGGAUCUGAGGAACCAGGCUCUGAGACCUCUGAUGCUAAGAGCACUCCGACGGCCGAAGACGUGACAGCGCCCCUAGUGGAUGAGCGAGCCCCUGGCGAGCAGGCCGCCGCCCAGCCCGACGCGGACAUCCCCGAAGGAACCACAGCUGAAGAAGCCGGCGUGGGAGACACCCCCAACCUGGAAGACCAAGCUGCGGGACAUGUGACUCAAGAGGCGCUGAGAGUUGCCAGCUGGCAGAGGGCAGCACCUGGGCAGCCUGUGGGCCAGAAGCAGCCAGAAGCCUCGGCUGAGUUGGUCACACCCCUUCCUGAGCAGCAUCCCGUCUUCCCAGAACCUCCUCCACCAGGAGGCCCUCAGGAGCUCCGCCAAGAGUGGGGACCAACACAUGGGGACCUGGCCAAGGAGGGCCUGGCCUUUCCGAAGCCUGUGUCCCCCGGAUCUCUGCAGAAGGGGCCUGAGAUCAUCAAGGCCCAGGAAAGCCUGGGCAGGGAGCUGGGGCUCCAAGGAGGCCAGGCCUCGGACCCAGGGCCCCCCAGCCUGAUCUGCCAGGACGUGCCUGCCCUGUCUGGGACUCCCCUUCUGCCUGAAGGGCCCAGAGAGGCCGCACACCAGCCCCCAGGGCCAGGACCCGUGGCUGCCGAGGGAAGCCCUGAGCUGCUGGCGUGCCCGGAGGGGCACCAGGGCAAAGAGAGGCCUGGCGGCCCGGAAGAGGUGGAUGAGGACCAGGACAUCGAUGAGUCCUCCCCGCAGGAGUCACCCCCCUCCCAGGUGUCUCCAGGCCGAGGUGGGCCACCCCCCGGGACCCCGGGGCUCCCCGCCGGCGGUGCCGUACCACUCCCUGUCGACUUCCUCUCCAAAGUUGCCACAGAGACCCAGGCCUGGGUGCCCGUGGGGUGCAGCCCGGCCCCCCCGGGGCUGCUGGCAGCAGAGCCCGAGGCGCCCCCUGAGCUCCCCCUGCACGGGGAGAUCACAGCCUGUGUGCAGCACCAGGAGCAGGAGCUGGCACACUCCAAGCCGGAUUUGGAAGGGACUGCACUGCCGGGGGGCCCUGGAGAGAAGCAAGAGGCCCAGGGCCCCUCUUUGGGACGGGACACACAAGAGGCUGGUCUUCCGGAACCGUCUAGAAAGCACCCCGCAGCUGGUCUGCCCGGGAGGCCCGUCAGCCGGGUCCCGCAGCUCAAAGCUCGCUUGGUCAGUAAAGGCAAAGAUGGGACUGGAAGCGAUGACAAAAAAGCAAAGCCAUCCACACCUUCCUCUGCUAACACCCAGAGAACUAGGCCCUGCCCUAGCCCCAAACGCCCCUCUCCUGGUAGCUCAGACCCUUUGAUCAAACCCUCCAGCCCUGCCGUGUGCCCAGAGCCAGCUUCCUCUCCUAAACACGUCUCUUCUGUCACACCCCGAAAUGGCAGUUCUGGAACAAAGGAGAUGAAGCUCAAGGGGGCUGAUGGGAAAACUGGAACGAAGAUCGCCACACCCCGGGGAGCUGCCCCUCCAGGCCAGAAAGGCGCAGCCAACGCCACCAGGAUUCCCGCGAAAACCACGCCCUCCCCCAAGACCCCGCCGGGCACUGCUACCAAGCAAGUGCAGAGAAAGCCGCCCCCUGCAGGGCUCAAACCGGAGCGAGGUGAAUCGGGGAAAUCUGGGGACCGUAGCGGCUACAGCAGCCCCGGCUCCCCCGGGACCCCCGGCAGCCGCUCCCGUACUCCAUCCCUGCCCACCCCGCCCACCCGGGAGCCCAAGAAGGUGGCAGUGGUCCGCACUCCGCCCAAGUCGCCGUCCUCCGCCAAGAGCCGCCUGCAGACGGCGCCUGUGCCCAUGCCAGACCUGAAGAACGUCAAGUCCAAGAUCGGCUCCACCGAAAAUCUGAAGCACCAGCCAGGCGGUGGGAAGGUGCAGAUAAUUAAUAAGAAGCUGGAUCUUAGCAACGUCCAGUCCAAGUGUGGCUCAAAGGAUAAUAUCAAACACGUCCCCGGAGGCGGCAGUGUGCAAAUCGUCUACAAACCCGUCGACCUGAGCAAGGUGACCUCCAAGUGUGGCUCACUGGGCAACAUCCAUCACAAACCAGGAGGUGGCCAGGUGGAGGUGAAAUCUGAGAAGCUGGACUUCAAGGAUAGAGUCCAGUCGAAGAUUGGGUCCCUGGAUAACAUCACCCAUGUCCCUGGUGGAGGAAAUAAAAAGAUCGAAACCCACAAGCUGACCUUCCGUGAGAACGCCAAAGCCAAGACAGACCACGGAGCGGAAAUUGUGUACAAGUCGCCGGUGGUGUCUGGGGACACGUCUCCGCGGCACCUCAGCAACGUGUCCUCCACCGGCAGCAUCGACAUGGUGGACUCGCCCCAGCUUGCCACGCUAGCCGACGAGGUGUCCGCCUCCCUGGCCAAGCAGGGUUUGUGAUCGGGCCUCCGGGGCGGUUAUGGCCGCGGAGAGAAGAGAGUGAGAGUGUGGGGAAAAAGCGUAAUGACCUGGCCCUCCGCCCUCUGCCCUCCCCGGCUGCUCCUCACAGAUGGGUUAAUUGGUUCAUCACCUGCCCUGCUUUCGUCACUCGGCUUGGGCUUGGGACUUCAAAACCAGUGAUGGGAGUGAGAGCAAAUUUCCAAAUUAAUGGGGGCUCAUAAUAAAACAGUUUGAAACACAUGUGGAAACCUUGGCCACUCCCAGCAUUUCUCGGGCAGUUCCUUUUGAUUCUUUUGUCUUCCCCUCUGAGUAGAUGUGGGAGGAGCAGCUCUGAAAGUGGCUGCUGGGAAAUUUCAAGGCACAGGGGCGCCCGCUGCCUCUGUUCCCAUCCUGGGGGCACCCAGAGGCAGCGGUGGCAACACAGGAUUUUAAACUUUGGUGGUGUUCGUGGAGCCACAGAGGAUGGCCACUUUGAGAGUGAGGGGCGGGGGUGGGGCUGGGGAGGAAGGAUGUGGGGAGAGCAGACACUGCCCUUUGCUGGGCACCGGGGGAGCCCCCAUCUCAGACCCCGUGGCCUCCCGGUCUGGGUGGCCUGGAGUCUGCCUUGGGUGGGUGUCCCUUGCUCUAGAGCACGGCCGCAGGCGGAGACAGUGGGCAGAAGGGAGGGGGGCGGGAGGGUGGCACCUGUGGAUCACACUGACCUUGAUGCCUGUUCCGGUGUGCUGGCCGCUGCCUCCCAUCUGCGGGCUGGAGUCCUGGGCAGCUGUCCCUCCCCUCCACGGAGAUAGUUCUGAAGGUUGGAACCUGCAAGCCACGAUUUUGGCCACCUCACAGACCUGGGACUUUAGGGCUAACCAGUUCUCUUUUUAAGGACUUGUGCCUCUUGAGGAACCCAAGCCUAGGCUUCCGGUGCCUCUGAAGAGGGAGGUGCUCUGGGACAUGGGUCCUGAGCCUCCCAUCCCUCCCAGGGCCACUGUAGCCCCCCUGGCCAUCCCAUCUUGCCUAUGUGUCUGCUGCUGAGAGCCCAGUCACUGCCUGUCCCCUCAUGUCACCCUGUCCCGAGACACUUGCCACACCCACCCCCAGUCACGGACACAGGUUGGCUGUGGAAGGCACUACUGUAGAGUGAAUUUGGGGUUCAACCUCAGGUUGUUGCUCCAAGUCAGGUGCCUCCCACAACCACCCAGCUGACCGUGCGCAGGUGAGCCGGGGGUGGGGGUGGGGUGGUGGGCCAUGGCUUCCUCACUUGGAGAGUGCCCUCCCCCGUCAGGCCUGGCUGCCAGCGAUGGCCCCGAGGUGCACAGGCAGGGCUCGCAGGGCAACACCACGUUCCUGCCUGCCCCCUGCUUCCACCCCAGCUGUGACUGCCUGCCUCCCCGGAGCCCAGCUGCUGUCCAACUCCACCUGCAUAUUACCAGCCACACGCCCCCCGGAAACGGUUCUCCCCCGAGUCCCAGCUCUGCUGGAGCAGCUGACCAUGUCCAUAGACCUGCCCUUCCCUCCCACCUGCACCUGUCACGCUCUAGUUGGAUUUGUCUGUCUAUGCUUGGACUCACCAGAGUGACUGUGGUAGUGAAAAACAAAAAAGGACGCAUGCAUCUUGAAAUGCUCUUGCGGAGGUUUCUAAUCCGCCCUCACCGGUGUGCUGGAAGGCUCGCCCCCAUGCUGGGACUUGGCUCCAGGAAGCCUGUGUGGCUAUGCUCUGCCGGGCGCCUCCCAAGUUCUGAAACGUUUACGUCAGCACCUGGGACGCAGCGGAGACCAGCUUCUGCCACCUGAGGAGGACUCAGCCGCAGAGUGCACGAUGGGGCACCCUGGCGUCCCCACCAGGGCUCCCUGCCUCAGGCCGGAGUGCGCUGUGCUGGCUCGAAGCUGGUCCUCUCUGCUCACAGCCUGGAGGAGGCCUAGGCAGUCCUGAUGGAGGAAGAGGACGCCAGGUGCUCCUGGGGGAGAGAUCUGCAGCCCCUAAGGGCCCUUCAGCUGCGGCAGGGAUCGGGAUGGCUGCCCAGCCUGGAUGGGCUCCCGAGGCCAGGGCUGCCUGACCGGCGAGGCUGACCAGUCAGGAGACAGCAUCCCCAAAGCCUUGGCCUGGGCAAGCCCAACCCCCUUGUACAACUGCACCAGUGCCUGGGCCGGGGCUGAGCGGCCUCAGGCCUCGUUCUGCCACCUCUGGUUUGGGUAUAGUUAAAGGCAGUCCUGGCGGGCUGGGUGGACAGAGCUCUCCACGCCAAGAACUGUCUGGGCCCAGAACUUUCCACUGAGGCUCCCCAGUGUCCUCCAAGUCCCAGCUGCCGUCUGAACAGUCCUGAGGAAGAAAAAGAAAUGUGGCAUCAGGACUCGGCGGUGAUUAGACACCUGCCCCCCCCCCACGCCGCCCACCUUGGCUGCGUUUCCUUUCGUACCUUUUCUGCGUCCUCUUCCUGCAGCGCCUGUGCCUAAAGAGCAGGUCAGUGCUGGUGGGGGGCUGGUGGGGGGCUUUAAAGAACAGCCCCCCCCACCCCCCGCCACCUCCAGAGCCCAGGUCCCAGGUCCCUGGGUGAGUUAGCUGGGGCACACUCCACACCUGGUUCCUUCAAGCUCUCAAUUUAUCACUAGUUCCAUGGAAACCCACUUGGGUGAGCCUGUAUCCUGUUUGCAAUUGCUUGCUGUGCUUUGGGGGGAGGGGGGAGGGCAGUGUAAGAGAAGUUAGCAUGGGCAGAGGGAGUCUUGGAGUGCAGCACACUGCCUUGCAACCCUUUUCUUUACGACCGCAGCCACAUUUGCCACAGGGAGUGGCGUGCCAUGGAGCCACGGGUCCUUGGGGCUGGCUUUUCUACCGAUGGGAGGAAGUCUCAGCUGCGGCAGGAGUUAGCUGGUUCCCUGCCCCUUGCUAGCCAGGCCGUGUUGUAGGAAUGAACCUGAGAUCUAGUGGCCUGGGCCCUCUCGCGGAGUCUCAAGCCUACCAUCACGCCUCCCCCAAGGCCCUGGCCAUCUGUCCCUCAACGGCCAUUCUCCCACUUGCUUUGACCACGCAGCCCACUCCCAGCAGCUGCUGGGAUCGCUUCCUUUUUUGUUUCCCAGGUAAAGCCAAGAGGUGGGGACAAGGGCAGAGGUGACCAUCAGCUUGUCCUGUCUACGGUCUGUGGCUCCACGAGACUUCAGAUUUCAGCUUUGGAAAGGGUUGCCCUGGGCACUGACCCAGAGUCUCACCUCCUAAUGGACUUAGCCCAUGUAUUUGCCAUGCUGGGCAGGACAAUUUCUGGCACCUGCAAGUCCCAUGAUUUCUUCAGUAAUUUUGAGGGUGGGGGGAGGGACAUGAAAUCAGCUUAGCUUAGCUUCCUGUCUGUGAGUGUCCAUAUAGUGUAUUGUGUGUUUUAACAAAUGAUUUACACUGACUGUUGCUGUAAAAGUGAAUUUGGAAAUAAAGUUAUGACUGAUUAAAUAA